ACAAAAUAGAAACAAACGUGUUGCAAACAGUUCGCAACUAUAAAUUUGAUCAUAUUGAUACAACAGUGCCUCGUCGUGUACCAAUAGGUGCGUCAACAGUAUUUAUCUUCCGGACGGGAUUUGAUAGCAGUUGUAGCAGCGGUCUGUUGUAGGUAGUUCUAGUUCAACUCUAUCGUUGUCCCAAUUUUAAAUCUUGCAAACACAUGUAAUGCACGUAUUUGUUUAUAUUGUUUCAGCAAACAUGGAUGCAUCAGUUGCCGCACCUCGACGCCGAAACAAGACUACUUCUAAUGAAGACAGGAACCGGGUGAUAGUAGCGUUUGAAAACGGAACAUCCGGAAAAGAUAUCGCCACAAUGUUGAACAUGAAUCGUGGAACUGUUUAUAGUAUUAUAAAAAAGUUCCAAAACACUUGGGAAGUUGCGGCUGCUAAACGGGGUGGCAAUCGUGCAAAACUGUUAUCGGAAGAGGCUGCUCAAAGCAUUCGUGCUUGGAUAGACGAAGACUGCACUGUCACGUUGAAGGCAUUGGUAGAAAAGGUAUACGAAAGAUUUAACGUGCGUGUGAGUACGACGACAGUAGCCCGCGAAAUCAAAGGGUUUAAUUAUUCGUUUAAAAGAAUUCAUAAUCUUCCCGAACGGCGUAACACGGAUUCCACCAUCGAAGAACGUAGGUCGUAUGCUUCGAUUUUUUACCAAAUAUCGAUGGAAAAUCCCGAUACAGAUAUAGUAUUCUUGGAUGAGGUAGGAUUUAAAGUGAGUAUGCGCACGUCAAAGGGUAGAUCGCUAAAGGGAACAACUCCAACGAUUGUCGUGCCUCAAUUGCGCUCAAGAAAUAUUUCUAUUGUUUGCGCAAUGAAUAAGAGUGGCAUUGUUCAUUACCUGUCGCAUAACAGAGCCAUAAAUCGCGAACUGUUUACGCAGUUUAUUUAUGAGCUCAAAGAAAAAUUGAGGAUGCGCGAAAUUCAUCGAACAUUUAUGGUCAUGGAUAACGUGGCUUUCCAUAAGAGUAGCGAGGUGAAGGAAGCAAUAGGCUACGACGAAGAUAAACCAGUUUAUUUGCCUCCCUACUCGCCAUUUCUAAACCCGAUAGAAAAUCUUUUUAGUAAGUGGAAAAAUUUAGUAAAAAGAGCCAACGCACAGAAUGAGCAGGAAUUAAUGGAAGCUAUCACAAAUUGUGCUAACCUUGUCACUUCCCAAGAUUGUGAAGGGUACUUUAGGAAUAUGGGGGCUUACUUGGCUCGUUGUUUGCGAGGUGAAGUAAUUGAGGAUUGAAAAGCUUCUUUUCUUUUCGAUUCUAAGUAGUCUUGAUAAUUGAUUUGAAUUAUUUUUGUUUUUUUUUUAUUAGCUUUAAACUGAUCUGAUCUUGAAUUUAUGUAUGAACAACUGUGAUGUAAUGAAGUGAUAGAGAUGAACUCCCUAGUUACGUUUAAAUUGUUUAAUUAUUUUAUGAACUUAUCCUGCCUUUAAUUAAUACCAAAACCAAUAGCUGUUAAGAUUCUUUGAACUGAUAAGGGAAAAAUAAACCCAUGGUAUCAUGCUUUAUUGAUUAUAUAGUUCCUUAUUAUUUUUAUAUUCCUAAUAGUUUUACUGCUAUCCAGGAAAUGAUCUCUUACCGGCUAGAAAAUAGAACAACUUUAUGUAGAUACAACACCUGUUAGUAGAGUGUGCUACACUGUUACUGCCGCCACAACAACGUGUUUGAGUGGAAACUGGCGCACUGAGUAACUACGAUGGAAAAGUCUAACGUAAGCCUCUGAACGUAAGGUACAGGAUGAUUCUCACCAAUCUCUGCAAGCGGUGUGUCAAAGUUGAGACUAAAAAAUGUAUGAAUUUACCAAAAAAAAAAAACCUAAUAUCAAAUUGACACAAGAUGACCAAAGUCCGUGAGCAAUUUCCUUAGGAGAAUCUGUUUAGUUUCGGCGUCGAGGUGCGGCAACUGAUGCAUCCAUGUUUGCUGAAACAAUAUAAACAAAUACGUGCAUUACAUGUGUUUGCAAGAUUUAAAAUUGGGACAACGAUAGAGUUGAACUAGAACUACCUACAACAGACCGCUGCUACAACUGCUAUCAAAUCCCGUCCGGAAGAUAAAUACUGUUGACGCACCUAAAACCGUUAACAUGAGUAUGUUGCACAUCCACUUUGUUGUGAAAUACAUACCUAUUGGUACACGACGAGGCACUGUUGUAUCAAUAUGAUCAAAUUUAUAGUUGCGAACUGUUUGCAACACGUUUGUUUCUAUUUUGUGUUUGUGUGUUUUGGUGAUCGUGGGGCGGAUUGCGCGAUUCCGUUUUCGUGAUCUGCGUUUAUGUGCCUAGUUCCAUAUCUUCAAAUUUGAAAAACA